ACCGCACAGACCACUGUGCGCAUUCUACAGCAGUUAGGAACGAACUUAACUUGUGUUUAUCUGUCAAAAAAGCAGAAGAGAUGUGAGGUCUCAUAAAUCCUCAGAGCAAUGUGUGCUCUGUUAAGCUUCAUUGAAGACGGACAUUUGUCGGAUCUUAAAGAGUUCCUCUCACAAAAUAUAGUUGACAUCAAUUGUACGAAUAAAAGAGGCGAUGGGGCUCUCCACAUUGUUGUCCGACUUGGUGACCAUGAGGCAUUAAAACUACUCCAAGAUCAUGGUGCUGAUGUUAACCUAGCCAAUAGUCUAGGUGAUACCCCUGCUAUUUUAGCUGCAAGACAUGGUGAUAAGGAGUCCUUGUGCAUACUUAUUGAUGCAGGAGCAGACUUGUCACUUGCUAAUAAGGAAGGAGAAACAUGUUUGCACACUGCUUGCAAUCUAGGGGAUGCAGCUCUUUUAUCUUUCAUAUGCUCACAGCCGAAUAUUAAUAUUGAUCAGCAAGACUUAGAUGGCAACAGUGCAUUGCACAUUGCUUGCAUUCAUGGUCAUCUUGACUGCUCAAAGAGCCUCAUUGCAAGUGGAGCCACCUUAGACCUCCCUAAUUCAGUAUGUGCCACACCUCUUCACUUAGCUCUCUCUGCAAAGCACUCCCAUGUUACCAUGUAUCUGCUUCAUGCUGGUGCGGAUUGUGAUGUUCAAGACUGGGAUGGUGAUGCUCCGAUCCAUUUUGCUGCUCGCCAAGGCCUUCUGGCUGCCAUGCAAACCCUCUGUGCCUUUGGAAGCAACGUAGACGUCGCCAACAAACAAGGAUUAACUCCCCUACAUUUAGCUGCUCUUCAUGGUCAUAUAGAAGUAAUAAGGUGUUUGUGUUUAGCUGGAUGUAACACAGAAGUAAGAAAUGGGGAUGGAAUUAAAGCUGAAAUUACUGCCCUCAAGCAUGGGCACAAUGCAAUUGCAGAUUUAUUAAACAGACUAAAAAAUAGUGUUCUUCGAGAACAGUUCACAAAUCAACUCGUUCCAACAUCACAGCCUAUAUCAAGAGUUAAUUUCAAAUUCCUUGGCCAUUCAGGUGUGGGUAAAACCACUCUCAUUGAAUCAUUUCAAUCUGGAUACUUUUCAAAUCUGUUCAAAAGAGGCAAGGCUAAUUUACCAGUGGCAAACAGCUUAUUGAAAGGUAUUGCGUCAUCUCCUAACAACACUCACAUUGAAAUGGACAUCACACCACGAAGUAAUUCUUUGACGUUUGACACAUUCAGCUAUCAAUAUACUCGGGGUAUAGCAGUUAAGCAGGUGUCUGUGUCUGGUGUGGGUGACCUAGCUCUAUGGGAUUUUUCUGGUCAAGACACAUAUUUCCUUGUACACCAUCACUUCUUAGGAUGCACUCGAAGCAUUUAUGCAGUUGUCAUUAACUUACAAGAUACUCCUGCUGUGCAGUUCCAACAAGCAAGCUUCUGGCUAAGCUUUUUACAGGCUCGCAUUCGGCCUUCCCAAAGCAUUGGCUACUGCGGUCGAAUCAGCAAUCCUUUGCAGAUUGUUGUUAUUGCAACACACCCUGAUGCUGUACGAUUGCCUAGGGAUGCCAAUGGCGAUUAUUUCACUUCAGGAAUAGAGGACUUAGUGUUGCAGUUGCAGCAGCAGUUCCAAACUACUUUCCGCAUCCAUUCUGAUCCCUUUGUAUUGGAUGCAAGAGCCCCAGGGACUAAUGUUAUGCGUUGUCUACGUCAACAGUUGGCAGAAAUGAAACAGAAUGUAAUUCAUCAUGAUAAAAGUCAUCACCAUAUACCUGUCGACAACAUCAACCACAAGGAGUAUUCCUUGCUACCAUCGUUUCCUGUCUCUGUGGUACCUGCUAUACAGUUGCCCAUCAUUUUCCCCACUGGUUACGAGGGGAUACCAAAAUGCACAGGGUUUCUGGAAGGCACUCUUUGUUGGUUACCAAAUGCUGUUCAUCAGUAUGAGCAUUUUCCUGUCAUGGAUUGGGACACUUUUCUUCAUGCAGUGAGGUCCAAUGUAAAUCCACUAGCUGGAGAAGAACAUGUGAAAGAACUUUGUGCUCAGCUUCAAACCAUGGGCGAAGUCCAUAUUCUUCAUUGGCAACCUCAAGAUGUGGUUGUUCUUUCACCACAAUGGUUGUGUGAGGACAUUAUUGGUAAAUUGUUGUCCAUUGAAUUUAUCACUCUUGCACGUGUCACGGGUUGUUACACUGUUGAAGACUUUCAAGCAGCAUUCACAGAGUGUGAUGCCUCCAAACUUCUUGUGUUGUUGGAACAACUUCAAUUGUGCACUCAUUGCGAAAAUGAUGGAGAACUUGAGUAUGAGUUUCCAUGUUACAAUAUGGUUGAGGCUAUUGAUGGGUUAUGGGACUCACAAGAUAUUCGUUAUGGAGACUGUGCCAGCUACAUUGGGCUGCGUUUGAAAACACCUCCGGGUACAACACAUUUAUUGCAUUCUGUGUUUCCUCGGAUUCAGGUUCAAUUAAGAUUAGCAACCAAGCGGUAUGCUGAUCCUGAGUGUGAUCUAUAUCAGUGGUUUCGUGGCUCGAAAUUGUGUGCAGGGAUUUUAGAGAGUAUGGUUACUCUUGAGAAUGAUGUAGCUUGUGGCGAAUGCAUUGAAAUCAAAGUACGGGGUCCAGAGGGUACUGGAAUGGCAUGCUUUUAUUUUAUUGAAGAGUUGCUUGGCAUAGUUCAAGUGGUAAUGUCUGAAAUUUGCCCGAGCCUACAUUUAGAAAGAUAUGCCUUGAGCCAACGUCAGUUGAGGAACCAUGCCACUCCGUAUUGCUUUUCCCCUACUGAGCUUGCCACGGCUUUGUUAGAUUGCGAUUUAAAUGUCUGUUUGCACAACCCAUGGCUGGAGGCUUGUGAAUCAAGUUCUACAGCAGAUGAGACUUUACUCAGUCUUAUAGCUUGUGAUACACCAGAGGUUGCUGAUGUGAUGGUUUUGUGGCCAACACUACCGCUUCGGGAGUUGAGCAUGGGAUGUCGUAGAGCCUUAAGUGCUUUGAUGGACCCUUCUGAUCCUCUUGGAAAAGACUGGUGCCUCCUAGCUGUGCAGCUUGGGCUCACAGACAGUGUUGCCCACCUUGAUGCUGCUGUGCACCCUUCUCAUCCCACUCAAAUUCCUACCCUUAGUCAAACCAGUGCGUUACUGGAGCGGUGGGCAGCGACAGAAGAUAAUGAGGCAACCUUAGGUAAAUUAGCUCGUGCUCUGAUCUCCCUGGGUCGUGAGGAUGCAGUGGACAUGCUUUUGAGAUUGGUGCCACUUUAUCAACUGAUAGAUACCGAAGAUGAAGAGAAGGAAUGCACUGAAUCAGGCACAAAGACUGUCACAUCACCUACAAAUGGUGCAAGAACAAAUCUUUCACGAUAACUUUUUUUUUUUUAGAAUUAGCCACAUUAGUUUGUUUUUCUAUCUUUACUACAAAUGUCGUCACAACAUUAAAUAUAUUUUAUUCAUGUUUUUUAUACUGUUUGUCCAGAGUGAUGAUUCAAGUGUAGUUUUUUUUCCUGUGAUAGAUGUGUGUGUCAAGAUAAAACACACAAGAAAGUAAACUCUAAAGAGAGUAUUAUCUUCCAACUUUCUUCAUUAAUUAGACUUGCAUUGUUUGAAGAUUUUAACACAGCAGCCAAUCCACUUCCUUGCACUGAUUAGAAUUGGUUAUCAUAUUCUCUGUCAUUAAACAAAUUUGACAUUCAGCUAAAGUUUUGUAAUGCCUUAGUAUGUUUUAAGAUGUGGUCUGUAAUGAUAGGUUCUUUUCUCCAAUUCAUUCAUUAUACAUUUUCCUUUCGUCACUAGUUUAACUACUAAAGUCAAUUUGAAUAUCAUGCACAAUUUAUCGAUAUGUUGUACAGUCAUGUGAUAAAAGUGAAAAUGCGAAUUGCAACGACUGAAAUAUUAAUUUAAAUUGCCCCCUGUACUGAUUAUCUGCGGUUCCCAUGCAAGUUAAGACUCCUGCUCAACUAAACUUUUUUGUACUACAAACAACAAAGAUGCUUCUUUGCUUUACAAAUUGUAACUCAAGCAUGUUCAUAGCUUACAUUCCUCGUAUUAUUCUGUUACCUUUCUCAAGUCAUUAUUCCUUGAGGGAAGUGAAGCUCAGGGCAAAAAGCGAUUUGUCUACAACUUUGAGUUGAUUGAUUUAAAGAAUGGUUAUGGCUGUGGUUUUAUAGGAUAAAACAUUACAUUAUGAAAAACAAAUAUUCCAGAAGAAGCAUUUGUCACAUUUAAAAUAUUUGCUCAGAGUUGUAAUGCUUUGUUGGUGAAGACUGUCUCUAGAACUUGAGAUAUUUCUGUACUUUUUUACAUGUAAUUUCAUUUCUCUGUAUGGUAUUUGGUUUAACCUGAAUUCCUUCCACUGUUUUACUGGAGACCUGUUCUUUGUAUACUCUCUCUUUUUUAUUGCUCACUAGAUUUCUCAAGAGAUUCAAGAUGCUUCUUUGUAGUUCAUGCUGAGACUGAAUUUUCUUUCAUUGUAGUGCUUUGAAUUACUGAUUUAAUAAAUUGAAGUUGCACUUGUG